AUGGAUACGGAUUCUGUGUUUCUGCCAAGAAAUGGACCUCUUGAGGUAGUCUUCUCAUUCGACACCACUGGUUCUAUGUGUAGAUGGCUGGACGAACUACGUGGUCGGAUUCAAGAUCUCAUACAACGGCUUCAGGCAGACAUUCCUGGCAUUAAAAUGGCCGUUUUCGCCCAUGGGGAUUAUUGUGAUGCACACAUUUAUGUUACAAAAUGGACAGACUUGAGCAAUAACAUUGUUGAGUUGUGUGAGUUUGUGAAAAACGCUGAACAAACAGGUGGAGGUGACAGUCCAGAAUGUUACGAGUUGGUUCUGAGACAAGUUCGCACUGAGCUCUCGUGGACUCCUGGCUCUCGUCGUGUCCUCGUGCUGAUCGGCGAUGACAAUCCGCACGAACCAGGAGAAAUUCUCAACAAGGACAAGAUAGACUGGAGAAUGGAAGUCAAGGCUUUGGCACAGGAAGGUGUCACCAUUUAUGGAGUUCAGUGUGGACGUAACACCUAUGCUGAUAAGUUCUACCAAGCCAUUUCACUUGCCACUGGAGGUAGACAUCUCCGGCUAGAAGACCUGGGCAGUUUGUUUGAUACUCUGAUGGCCGUCUGUUAUCGAGAAGGUCAAGACACGGCCAUGCUGGCCAACUACGAGAAGGAGGUCAGAGCACGGCGUGUGGGAGGUGCUCUUGCUGCAGACAUCGACGCCAUCUUUGCCAGUCUUAGAGACGACAACGUGGACAGUUCUGCUCCACUGACAGUAAAAUCAAUAUAUACUUUACCACUCUCAGUAAAUCCAGGGUUUACACUACCCCUGUUUGUAAACCCCGUGACAACAGCACCGCUGUCAGUAAAUCCAGCCACUAAAUUGUCCGUGAAAAGAUCCACAGCAACCACCCGUCAAAGAAGUAUUUCUGCAAAAGCAAAGGCUUCUUUGAAUAAAUUUAAAGCCAGCAAUCUUCCUCUCCUAAAGAGAGAGAACGUUCCCGAGAACAACUUCAGCUUGCGGUCACUCAGCUGGAGCUCCUGGAAACUAGCGAUGGUCAGCGACGACCAUUUUCCCAAAGACAACAUGGACAAGUGGGAGAAACGGGUCGGUCGACCAGGGUAUAGACUCCAGAUGUUAUCGUCAUCCAAAUCUUCUUCCGUUAAAGCAAGCAAACGACUUGCUCUUUUCGAAGUGGCUGUCCAAGGUGGUAGUGCGCACAAGAAGCGGUAUGUUGUGUUGAGCGCUUUCUCUUCCCUCUGUUUAAACACGAACAAUUGGGAGCGUCGACUUCUGGGUGCAGCCAGAUCUCAAGUGGAUUACGCACUGAAAACUGGGUGUCGUAUUUAUGUGAGGUUUUGGCUGGUGACAAAACAGUCCGUUCUCGAAUCGCCAUUGAAAUGUGUCAGAAGGUACGACUAUGCAUGGAAGAGGGUGAGAAAGGGAAGAUCACAACCAAGGAAUGUCGUCAAAGGAUGCACCAUCAUCUCUAACUCUGGAUUUUAA